AUGUUGUUUGAUAGCGAUAGCGGUAGUACCGGUGGCGGCAGUAGUACCGGUGGUACUACCAGCAGCAGUGGUAAUGGUACCACGAGUUCCGGUUCCGGUAGUUCUACCACACCGAGUGGAUCAGGAGGCGGAUCGUCCAGCAGCUGUCCAAGGUCGAAGUAUCGGAAUAUCGAAGGCCUCUGUAGCAGUCGGUUGGUUUCGAGCUGGGGCGAAGCUGGGCAACCGUUUGGUCGUCUAGUGUCACCGUCGUACGGGGACGGUGUCUCCAGUCCCGUCAUGAUGGGCAACGGAAGUCCGUUUGUCAGUGCACGGAACAUUUCUUUCUUCGUGUUUGGCAUAGACGAAACAUCCGAUCCCACGAGUACCAUUUUGAACACUUACUUUCUUCAAGCAAUUGCCAAUGACUUGGCAUACCCUGCCGAAAACUACACAAUUAAGUGUUGCGACAAGGGUUCACUUGUCUUCAGCUGUAAUGCGACACAAUGCGCAAUUCCGGAUGGCUGCGAUUCCGUAAUGAUUGCGUCCGAUGAUCCGAUCUAUAAAUUUUUCAACGUGCAAUGCUUAGACUAUAGCCGCCUCUUAACGGCCCCACAAACGCAACCGCCCCAGCCCGUUAAGCAAAUCAACCAAGCGACCAGUCUGUUGGACUUAUCCUUCCUGUACGGUACAACCGUGGAGCAAAACCCCAGCCGGAUGAUGAGCGGUGGGCGAUUGUUGGCGGUGCGGCGCAACGGAACCGAUUGGCCAGUUUUCAAUCCUACUGGCUGUACCAGACCACAGCAGGAUAUUUGCUUCCUGGUGGCGGACAACCGAAGCUACGUGUCCCCGAUGUCGGCCAUGGUACAAUUGCUGUUCUUCCGCGAGCAUAACCGGCUCGCAUUGCGGUUGGCACUGUUGAACCCUUCAUGGUCGGAUACGACACUGUUCGAAGAGGCACGGCGCAUUAACAUUGCCCAGUACCAGAAAAUCGUGUAUUACGAAUUCUUGCCCCGUUUGCUGGGCCGCUCGAACAUGGUAAGCAACCGUCUGAUAUUCGAAGGGGCCGGCUUCACCAACGACUACAGUGCGUUCCAAGAUCCUUCGGCAAUCGCUGAGUUUGCAAAUGUUGUGGCACCGUUUAUGAAUUCCCAGCUGCCCGGAAGCAUAGACAUCAAUGUAACGGGAACGAUCGAAUCACUGCGCCUGAGCGAUUUGUAUCCGAAACUGGCAUUAUUAGAAAGCAAUUUUGCUGCCUUUUUCGGAGCCCUAUCCACACAGCAAACGCGCCUACUAGACACCAGCUUCACUAUCGAGUGGAAAAAUUUCAUGUUCCGAGGCGACAACGAUGUGGGAAAAGACCUGCUGGCGCUGGGCAUUCAACGAAUGCGCGAUUUCGGAUUCGCUUCAUACAACGUAUACCGUGGUCAGUGCGGGCUUGCCUCGAUUACCACGUGGGAGGCAUAUAAUGCCACACUGAAAGAGCCUUGCUUCGAAACGAUAAACAACCUGCAGGCCAUCUACCCCACGGUGCUCGAUCUUGAGCUGUUCGUUGGUGGUGCGUUCGAGAAGCCGUUACCUGGUUCCCUGCUGGGACCUACGUUUUCCUGUAUCGUGCAGCAACAGUUCCUGCGGGCGCGCACAGGUGAUCGGUACUUCUUCGAGGCCGGUGGCCAAGAUGGUAGUUUCACCGUGGCGCAGUUGACAGAGAUUCGAAAGAUUAGCAUGGCCCGUCUUAUGUGCAGCGCACUGCCGACAAUACUUCAGAUUCAAGCGGAUCCAUUCAGUCCAGUCGGGCCGAGCAAUCCUCUGGUUUCCUGCAAUAAUCUUCCGAGCGUCAGUCUGACUCCAUGGGUUGUCUGA